AUAAAUUAAAAUUAUGAUUGCCACCAACGAACCAAUACCAGUUCAAAAUACAACUACAGCAAUUCCAAAUAAUCUUGGAGAAGAUACAAAUAAUUUGGUAAUUGCAUCCACAGCUACCACAAAUGGUAAAAAUACCGCAAAUGCUGUGGUUACAGCCGCAAUACCAGUAACAGUAACAGAUGAAACACUAACAUCAACAGCAGUAAGAACCGUGCCAAUAUUUACCUUAGGGACAACAGACGAAGAAGAUAAUGAAGACGAUGAUGAAGACGAUGAUAAUGAAGAAACCGAAAAUGACAAUGAUGAAGAUGAAGAUUUACAAGAAAGUGUUGAUAAUGAUAAAAGUCACGAAGCUUUAGAAGAUCAAACCAAAAGCUCGACAAAACAAAUAGCAUCAAAUGAUGAAGAUACUUGCAAAACAACAAAAUCUAUUGAAGAUAAACGUACUGAAAAUGCUUCAAAGGAAAAUGGUACGGGUACAUCCGGCACGAGUUCAUCUGGUGGUGGCAGCAGGCCGGGACACAGAAAAUCAUCACUUGCACUAACGCCGGAAGAUGAAUCGAUGGAUACACAUCAGAUGAGCAGUGGCAAGAAGGACUCCAUUGUCACAGUGGCAGCUUUAGGCAAUUUCACCCAUACGGUUGUGCGGCGCGCAACGGGAAGUGAGUAUCAUUUAAUGGUUUAUAAUAUUUACAAGUGA